GAACGUAAUCACCUCAAAUUGGUGUCCGUGGGGGUUUUCGAAAAGCUGGAUGUUAACCCUUCGGCCUCCGACCAACGUGUCGUUGCGGCUAGAAAGAGCCAGUCGGCUUGGGACGAAGUGGAUGUCCGUCCCGGACGCCAGCUCAUGUCCGCACGCCCUGCACAGUAUCAGGGUUGCGGGGCUGGUUCUCCCUUCCUCCGCUACAGCAGCACACGCCUCACCAGGCUGGUAUGCAGCGGGAUAAAACAGGAGUACAAAGGAAAUAUACUGCAUUAUUAACUUCUCCAGCUGCUUUACUAGCUCCCGCAGGCUCCGUGAACACUUCAUUGCAGCCUCGUACGCACAUGGAAAGCUAAUCGCAAACUAGCAAGCUAAACUGCUAACGUUAGCUUUGUUUUUAGCUGAGGUGGUACGUCGACGAGUGUCCUUUAAUUCUUAAAUACCAACCUAAAGUACCUCAGAUUCAUCACAAGUAUGGCAAUUCGGUCAAGAAGUACUAACUUGCAGGAUAAGUAUACUACGAUUUGGUGAUUCGUGACCGUAAGACUAGCACAAUGAACAUUAGCUUGCUCUAAAGGCAAACACAUUCGGGAAGUUCCGUGGAAAGAAACAGGAAAUGCAGUCAUGUCAACCAUUUCCUACUGUAACUGCGCACAUUACAGUAUAACAGUCACUUAAUGGUUAUAUUAUCAUUUAACGGUUUAAAAUGAAACCACUUUUAUAUUAAAGCUAUUUCAUUUACACCUUUGUCACAUUUAAACUGUAGAAAUACAUUUUUUGUGUAAUCCGCGGUAACCACCAUUUUGGGUUUCAUUGUGCUUUUUAAAAACGUUUUUUUAAGAAAGACAGUAAGACGAAAAACGGUCCUUGAAUAAAAACCUAGAUAGCUAGAAGUUUAUAAGGAGAUGGUCGCAUUCAUGUUUAACAAUUAGUGUAAGUUUAACAGAGAAGUUUAAACCAUAGACUGUUACCACGGGCAACGUUUAUCGGAAACACGCCUCCACCAAUCACAGAACGGGAUAUUGUGAACGAGCCAAUCAGGGUGGUCAUUUGUCGACCCAAACAACCGUCAGCUCCACAGACAAAAGUCGAGAUUUUUCUUGGGAACUUAUCACGGCAAUAAUGAGCUAACGUUACCGCUUUUAAAAUGUGUCGGGUUGGGUCUUUGUUGAUCCAAAACGCGGUCUGAAUGUUGUAACAUCUCGACAGAAUGAAAACCCGGGAUUCACCACCGCCGCCGGUUCAUGUCCAUGUACCGGAGACCACACCUGUACAUGUUCAUAUGAGGAGGAGUGUCAGCAGAACCCCACAGAACAGGACAAAAGCUGCCCAGGUGAAGGGAGAGGGAGGGAGGCCAAAGGUCAGGACGCCAUGGAUUCCUCCAGGAAGACUAUCCUGCAGUAGAGAAAGAAGCAGACUGCAGCAUCAAUCAGAAAGUGGAAUCGGACAACAGCGUGAUGCAGAGGAGCAGGAAGAAGACCUGACUGCGGGAUCCAAAAACCUUGAUGUCCUAAUCAGAGAGCGAGAAAACGUUUGUCGUUUAAAGAAAUCAGAUUCUAGGGGUCAACACAGGGAGACAGAUGUGCUCUUGAGGGCGCUCGUAGAAGCAGAAAUCGAUGGAGUAGCAGUAGCCAAUCAGCUGACAGCUCUGAAGGAAACUAUCGACAGUCUCGCUAAGGACAAGCGGCUAUCAAAACUGCACGCAACUUCACUGGGACGGCAGCAGGAGUUGUUGUUAGAGAAGAUAGAGAUGUUUGACAGCACGAAUCACAGCCUUCGUGAGCUCCUCAGAGAGUGGUGUGAAUACGAGAGAGAAUCAAUGGUGUGGUCAGAACAGAGAGAUACCUUAAAGAAGAGAAUGGCCGACAGUAAAGCAGAGAACAUUCGGCUUUUGGCCAAACUCACAAACAAGGAGAAAGAGGCUUCUAAGCUUGCUGAGCAUUUGGACUUUGAAAAGGACAAUGUGAAGACAAUGGAGGAGCUUUCAAGAGUCCUGCAGUCAACCCGUGAGCAUCUGGAAACUGAGCUGAACAGAACAGAAGCUGAGAAGGUCCAUCUGGCUGCUCAGUUGCAUAAGAUGCAGCAGAGCUACGAGCAGCAGCAGGAGGAUCUACAGGCUCUGCAGGAGGAGCUGCAGACUCUGAGUCAGCAGCGAAAGAAGGAGAAGGAGGAGCGGCAAGACCAGGAGGUACUGGCUCUGCUGACUCAGCAGGCUGAGCGAGCUGAAGAGUCCACCAGGCAGCUUGCGGCAAACCUGCGGGAGAAGGAGUCCCAGUUGGCUCAAGCUCUGUCCACAUCCAGCGACUGGUGCCUCCGCCACUCUAAAGAGGCAGCCACUAAAGGACAGCUGGAAGAGGACAUUUCUGCUCUCAAACUUCAGGUGACCGAGCUGAAGUCCCGGCUUCAUUCAGCGGAGGAGAGGAGUCGGGCGGAAAGGGAGGAGCUUAGGGAUCAGCUUCAUCACGUCAGCGCUGAAAAUGCCUCCACCAAGCUGGACAACCAAAGACUCAGGGGUCAGUUGACGUCAUCAGAGGAGAAGCUCAGCGGUGUGCAGUCUGAAGCCCGUCGGCUGAAAUCGUCUAUCAAAAAGUACGAAAACCUGGUGGAGAAAUACAAGAAGAAGGUCCAGCAGGCUCGUCUGGAAUCGGAGGAGUACUGCCUGAAGCUGGAGAUGACACAGAAGGAGGCACGAGAGGUGAGGGUGAGCCUGGAGACAGAGAAGGAGCAGGUGAGGCGGGAGUUGCUGGGCCGGCUCAGAGAGCUUGAGACACUGCCCGACAGAAUGAGGAGGACUGAACAGCAGCUCAGAGCCGCCCAGCAGGAGGCCGACGCCCAUGAAAGGAGGAGCAUGGAGCACAACUCCACCCUCUCUGAAGUCAGACACAAGAUGGAACAGCAAGGCACUCAGCUGGAGAUGUUUCAGCAGAGGAACCUGCUGCUGCACGAGGAGAACAACGUUCUCAAAGAGAAAAUUCACAACUUAGAGCGGCGGCUUGAGGACAUGAAGAUAGAAAACAAAGAGAUGUGUCAGGCUCUCUCCUUGAAGGAUGCCAGUGUCCGCAGCAUUCAGCAGCAGCUGGAGGAGAAGACCCUCGAGUGCAGCGUCCUGUCCAGGCAGCUUCAACAAACUCUGGACGACGCUCAGAUACAGGUGGACAACAGCAUGCAGAGGGUUUUAGCCAAAGAGAGAGUGUCUCAGUCUAAAGCCUUGGACCUGCAGAGCCAGCUGAGCCGAGCCAAAACAGAGCAGAGUCAGCUACAGCGAAGCAAGGAAGAGAUGGAGCGUCGUUUCCAGAGUCAGCUGCAGAACAUGAAGGACAGACUGGAGCAGUCAGACUCUACAAACCGCAGCCUGCACAACUAUGUUAAUUUUCUCAAAACCUCAUAUGGAAACGUGUUUGGUGACUCUUUGCUUGCAAGCUGACUGCAAAAUCCUCCAACCUGACCAGCAUUCAUCCAUUCCCAAAGCAUUGUAGUAGACCUAAAUGACAUUUAUUCACUACUACUUCUGACCUGAGAGUUUUAUAUGCUAUCUAUGAAAUUAAUAAACAACUUUUUAAAGGAAA